AUGGUUACAUUAAAGCUAACUCCCGGCAUCUCAGUUACCUCCUUGGAAGUAGUUUUCACAAUUGUAGCAAAGCCUUACAGUGGCUGUUUCGGUAAGCUCCCAAGGUAGAGAGCGCCUGAGGCUGAGCACAGCAGGAGAGCAGGCUCUUCCUGCCUUUGUAAGAGGCUGAGGCUGCAGUUCCUGGGCUCGGCUCAGCUCUGCUUCCAAGUGCUCAAAGUGCUUCCAUUGACUUCACCGUGUGCAGUGCAGGGCAAGAGGGGCCUCCAGGAAAUUUGAAACUAAUUUGCUUCCAGUUGACUAGAACAGCACAUUUUGCAUUAGCUCGCUUCUUUUCUGGUUAACUUUUCUCAAGCGUUAAACUGAUGAACGGGGCAUUUUCUAUGCUCAAUGGGUAACUGCUGGAGCUACAGUAAUCUCUGUGAUCAUGGAGGAAGCACUUUACUGCCACCAGCUGUCACAAACGAAUUUCCAGAAUAUGGGACCAUGGAAGAAGGAGGAGAAGGCCUUAAAGCCUCUCUAGACCUUGAUGCAAAGUCUCUGCCAUGCUGCUCGCCAGAGCAGCAGGCAGUCCACCUUCUUGCUGGACAAGACUCUGUGCUCAACAGUGUUACCGAAGGACCAAAUGAUGCCUCUCAGUGUCACCCUCAGGAACAAAGUUUACAACCUAUUGACUCUUUAAUUUCUGCUCUGAAAGCUACAGAAGCCAGAAUAGCUUCAGGAACAUUUCAGGCUACAAAGGUACUGGACAAAGAUGCUGAUUUUUCAGUUCAGCAGGUGGAUAAAGAGCUGAGUGCUACCAGUCGUAAGCCACAGAGAGUCCAUAGAACAUUCCCUGCUGGCCCAGGAAAAUCACCGGAUUUACCUCUUCCAGUGGAAGUACCAACAGAUGUUUCGUUGAACAUCCAGGAGGAUCUCACUGCACUCUUACCAGAAGAAGCUCAGGCAGAACUGUCGCAGAUAACUAAUUACAGGAGACAAGGGCCUCUCUGUAUACAGGAGCCAGUAUGUCCUGUGUCCUCCCUGCGGAGCUCAAGAGGGAGCCAUAACCCUGUGGACAGAGUUGAUGUUCUGAAAGAUCAGAGAUCUGAUCUCAUAAGGGAGCACCCUAGAGGAUGUGAUUCCGGUAACUUCAUGGGACGUCAAGGCCGGAUCAAACAUGUAGAGUUUCAAGGAGUAGAGAUUUUGUGGACAGGAGAGAAGGCGGAGACCCAGCAUCCUGUAGGCACUGAGACAAUACCAGAAAGGACAGCUUCUCCUAUGAGCAAGGACCUUGCCCAAGGGCCAAGCCAUUACAGCUCAGCUGCUGGUUUGUGCAGCAAUUCUGUUAAUUUAGUUGGGAAUGUCUGGGAUGAAACCUGGAAAGUUCCUUCAGCAAGGCCUGGCACGAGCAUAGGGACAUUGUCCCCUGUGCCUCUUGGUGAGAGUGGAGAGGAUGAAGUCUUCCUGAGGGAAAGCAAAGAACACCUUGAGAAGAACCUUGACAUUCAGGGAGAUAAAGAAAGGUUUCUCGAACAAGAGGAGCACCUUAGGGGAGGAGGAGAGGAUGAUAUUCUCGGGCCCGGGUAUAUGGAGGACUCCACUGAUGUGUACAGCAGCCAGUUUGAAACCAUCCUGGACAGCACCUCCUUAUACUACAGUGCAGAGUCGCUGGAGACGCUGUACUCAGAGCCUGACAGCUAUUUUAGCUUUGAAAUGCCGCUGACUCCUAUGAUCCAGCAGCGCAUUAAAGAAGGCGGCCAGUUCUUGGAGAGGACCUCUGUGGGAGGACGUCAGGAUGUCCUGAGUGUGUCAGCAGAUGGCGGGAUAGUGAUGGGCUAUUCUCCGGGGAUCACCAAUGGACUGGGACUGCAUGACUCUGCUAACUCUGUCUACACGAAAGGCCCUCAAGAGAUUGCCUUCUGGGGAAGUGGCGACCAUAGCCAUGCUGAGGUGAAAACACAGCCAGAUGCUCAUUCUGAAAUGGGGAGCACCGAAAUUCUGGAGAAAGAGACCACAGAAAGUCUCAGUAAUGGUACUAACAGCAACGUGGAAGCAGCUAAACGAUUGGCCAGACGCUUAUACCAUCUAGACAGAUUCAAAAGAUCAGACGUUGCAAAACAUCUAGGCAAAAAUAAUGAAUUUAGCAAACUAGUUGCAGAAGAGUAUUUGAAAUUUUUCGAUUUCACAGGGAUGACGCUGGAUCAGUCUCUCAGGUAUUUCUUUAAAGCAUUUUCUCUUGUGGGAGAAACCCAGGAGCGUGAAAGAGUAUUAAUACAUUUCUCCAAUAGAUAUUUUUAUUGUAAUCCAGACACUAUCACCUCACAAGAUGGAGUCCAUUGCCUCACGUGUGCUAUGAUGCUGCUCAACACAGAUCUGCAUGGCCAUAAUAUUGGAAAGAAGAUGACCUGCCAAGAGUUCAUUACAAAUCUCCAAGGAGUAAAUGAAGGUGUGGAUUUCUCCAAGGAUCUCCUGAAAGCCUUGUACAAUUCAAUCAAGAAUGAGAAGCUUGAAUGGGCAGUAGAUGAUGAAGAGAAAAAAAAAUCUCCCUCAGAAGGUACUGAUGAGAAGGCUAAUGGAACACACCCAAAGACUAUCAGUCGUAUUGGGAGUACAACUAACCCAUUUCUGGACAUUCCUCAUGACCCAAAUGCUGCUGUAUACAAAAGUGGAUUUUUGGCUCGCAAAAUCCAUGCAGAUAUGGAUGGAAAGAAGACUCCCAGAGGAAAGCGGGGAUGGAAAACCUUCUAUGCUGUCCUGAAGGGAACCGUUCUGUACUUACAAAAGGAUGAAUAUAAACCAGAGAAGGCUUUGUCAGAAGAAGACUUGAAAAAUGCCGUGAGUGUGCACCACGCCCUAGCAUCCAAGGCAACUGAUUACGAGAAGAAGCCGAACGUGUUUAAACUCAAGACUGCCGACUGGAGGGUCUUGCUCUUCCAAACCCAGAGUCCAGAGGAAAUGCAAGGCUGGAUAAGCAAAAUUAACUGUGUUGCAGCUGUAUUUUCUGCUCCACCAUUCCCAGCAGCCAUUGGCUCUCAGAAGAAGUUUAGCCGCCCACUUCUGCCAGCUACCACAACAAAAUUAUCCCAGGAGGAACAGCUGAAAUCCCAUGAAAGCAAGCUGAAGCAGAUCACGACUGAGCUGGCUGAGCACCGCUCAUACCCCCCAGACAAGAAGGUCAAAGCCAAGGAUGUGGACGAGUACAAGCUCAAAGAUCACUAUCUGGAGUUUGAGAAAACCCGUUAUGAAAUUUAUGUCAACAUUCUGAAAGAAGGAGGCAAGGAGCUCCUGGGUACAGAAGGAAACGAGGCAGUGGGACUAAAGAAGUCACACUCAAGUCCUUCCCUGAACCCAGAUGCAUCUCCGGUUACUGCCAAGGUCAAGCGCAACGUGUCAGAGAGAAAGGACCACCGACCUGAAACACCGGGCAUUAAGCAAAAAGUUACUUAGAAUCUGUCCACGGCCAGGAAGUGCUGGUCAUGGAGCAAAAAGAGGUUUUCAAGAUCUUUCUGGUAAUCCGUGAAUAUAUUUAAACAACUAGUCUGUGACUAAACGGUGCAUUAGUGACCUUUUAUAUUGUAUAUUUUUGUUAGUUUCUGUACAGAUGUCUUUGCUCUUGAGUUUCUUGCUUUGAGGAUUUGGGCAACUUUAUAGCUAAUGCACCUUUUGUGAGGAGCAGAGGAUUGCAGAUCCUUUCUCCUUCCGCUUUCUCUUAUUUGCACUUCUGCACAGUUAUUUUAUGUAUUUCCAGUCAACUGUUGUACUUUUUUUUAGGUUUAAAUUUUUACUCCAUUGUGAAAUACAUAACUGGACAAGCAUUGUGCUUUAGUAAAUCCUAGACUUUCCGUGUGAAGUCCUGCCCAGUCACGGGGGCAACGUUGAAUGCUCAUAGAUGUUCUCAUCUGCUUGGCAGUGCUGGGAGGCCAGGUGUUCCAGGGUGGUGCACUUCAUUCAUCCUGGCCCCUGUUGUUCAGUGCUGGACACAGGAAAAAGGGACCACGAAGAUGACAGGACUGGAGGGAGACCUUAGGAGGCACAGGAGUCUGCCUCAGGUGUGGAUUCCUUUCCAGCCACACGGGAAAGCAGAUGUGGAGUCAUCUUGCCUGAAGGGAGGCUGAGGGCGAUUGAUACCAAGCUACUUCUGUUUUCUGAAGGAUGGUGGCAGUAAUCAGCCCUUUGGGAGCUGCGAGCUGCAGCUGUAUGGUGUGUGUUCUUCUAUAGGAAUGUGUUACCUCACUCCCAUGGAAUCUAAACUAGGAAUCAGAAUCAUCUCUGUCAUUGUUACCCUUCCAGCCAGGAAUAGAUUCAUUUUCGCAUAGAUGUGCAGGCAAUGAUCAUGUCCUGGUUGAAACAAAAUAAUGUAGAAAAUGGAUGCCCCCGCCCCUUUUUUUUUCUUUGCUACAUCAGGACAACUAAGGAGCAAACACAACUGCAGUUCUUCCUCAGUCAGUCUGGCCAUAGUGACUGAAGACGGGGGAAUCUGAUCAUUUGUGUGCCGUUCCUUAGCUUAUUCUCAUCUCCGUCUCUGUAGCCAUCUUACUCAGUCUUUAUUGCAAUUGCUAUGGCUUCACCGUACUGUCAAACAGCCCCUUUAAAGUCCAAGGUCUGAAGUAGAGUAGUGCCUGUAGAGGAAGAGAAAGGAAUAGAAAAGGUGAGUUUCCUCUAUGGCUCAAAACUCUCAGGUUUCCAGCCUUGAAACUGUAUUCUCCAAAACUAUCUUCCCUACCACAUAUCUUCAAAACUAAGAGGAUGACUUUUGAAUAUUCUUAUUGUCCUUACACAUUUUCUCUGUUUCUGAUUGGUUAGCCGAAGGUACUAUGACCAGAGAAUCAGCUGCUCUUGCAUGAAUAGCAUGAUUCCAGUAAGUUAGAGAAAGCCCGUUAGAGAAUCACGGUAGUUUAUAGAGGCAUCUCGUUAGAAUAUCCUAGCAUUUAGUUACAGGAUUAGGUAUUAACCUGCACCUCUUUCCACUCUGUACAUGUCUCUCUUGCCUGUGUCCAGGAAUAGGAACUCCUAGCUGCUUGUUUCAUGGCAUUUUGCCACACUAUUGAAAGACUUCUUUUUAACUUCUAUCUUGUUUAGGUGAAGGCAGUUGACUUAAUUUAUAUUUCAGAACCAUGAAGCUGACAUGGGGAGUUGCCAUUGUGGUUCAUGUACCUGAACUAUUUCAUAGCUUCCUACUGAAUCCAAUAUUUCCUGAGCAAGUUGCCUUUCUUUUGAUGAAUUAUCAGUGUCUGCUUUUUGCCUAAGUAUUUGUAGUCCCUGAAGGGAAAGAGGUACCAAGACCUUUGAGUCUUGAGCAUCAUCUUUGAGCAUCAGUAGCUGAAGAACAGUGAACAUGUUUGAGUGUUUGUCCAGAGUGUGUGUCUAUAUGUGUAUAGAAUGUUUGUGCGUUCUUACCUAGAUUAUCUAGUAUACAUUGAAUGGUACCUUGCUGCAGAGUUUCUGGCAUGGAGAACAGUCUGGGAAUACCCAUAGCAUCAGCACUGCCAUGGUCCCUACUACAGGACUCACAGGUGUUGACUCCAGAACUUAAGGUCGUGCUUAUAGAUAAUCAGAUAGCAAAGUCACUUUCAAAGCUGUGGACUAUGGUGUCUGCAUGAUUUAUCUUGAAAAAUAACUAUAGCAUUCUUCUGGGAGGUAGAAUCUCGGCCUGCCCCAGUGUAAUGCAGUGUAAGCCUUAGGGGGAUAGGCUUAAAAUGUGUCUUCCCCAAGGCUUCUGGAAGGAUGCUGCCUGCUAAGAAGGCACAGCAGGCUGUUUAGCCUAUGGUAGGAAACACCUCUGAUCCGAUGGGACUCUGGUCCAUAGCCAAGCCCUUUCCACGCAGUAUUUAGUCGUAAGAAAUGGAAGGUGGUCCUUAGUACAGCUACUCUAAGCCUGUUGCCCAGCGCACGGUACAGGGAGCUCUCCUCCCCCUGCUUUCCAUGGUACUUCAUCCUACCCCACCUAUACCGACAUUCAUCCCUACCUCAGUGCCCUGGAGCCUUGGAGUUCCUCUCCAUAUGAUAAAUAUUAUCUGCUUUACAUUAAUACCCUUAAUAAUGAUUUUCAGUGUAGAGGGUCUCAAGUCAUCCAAAGCUGAUGGUGAUAGUCUUGUUGUAAACUGACCCUGUAUAAAAUGUGUAUAUUGUGGGGUUUGCCCUACCUCACACGCUGACUUCUAAAAAGGGUUGCCAGGAACUCAAUUUUAGAGAUUAAAAUCUAUUCACUACCACUCAGAGUCCUUGUUUUAUUGGUAUAUCAUUGUCAUUACUGAAAUGUCCUUUUAAAAAAAUAUAUCACUUACCUAACUCUGAGUAAGGUCUAAUUAAGCCAAGUGUUACUUAUAUACAUUUCAAUUAAUCAUAGUGAAACCAGUAUGUGGGGGAGUACUCUGGUCAAAACAAUUUACAGAUGGUGUGUAGCUUUUUAAAUUGCUCUUAGGUAAAUAAGAUGGAGCCAUUUUCUCAUGCAACAAUCUCGUGAAGUUUGUAAGGCACUCGGUGUCCCUCCAUUGACUUCCCUCAUGCUGAAGGUGAGGACUGUUUUCCAGGAAAAUGUAAAUGUGAGGGGUUCUGGAAGAGAAGAUCUCGCUUGUUUUUAAAGGCCCAGCUAGAUUUGUGUUAUAGUCUACUUGGGAAACUGAGUGCAGGAAGUCACACUCCUUUGCCUUCUGCCCUUUAUCAUGUAGAGAGCAAGGAUAAGGGGCCAUGCUCUGAAAUAAGGAAGGACCAUCCUGAAAUGCAUGCCCCGUCUGCCUUAUUGAUUAGAAGUCAGUCAUACCUCUUUUGUCUUCCCAAGCUAGAGAGGCUUUGAUGAAGCUAACUGUAGACGGAAUUUUAAUUCUUUGUUAUUUUUUCUAGUCAGCAUCAGUUAAGCCUCCCUUGACAUUAAUUUUCUUAGUUUUGAACAUUUGGCUUAGCUUUUAUGGAUGCAAGAUUUUAUCAGGUCAGUAGCUCCCUUCCUGGUUUUAUCAGAGAAUAAUUCCUUUGCAAGUUCAGGUGACAGUGUGCUCUUCCUGUGGAAAGCUCACACUAGACCCCAAGUAGAAUUGUAGCAUCAGUGAAACCUGGACUCUGGUUCAAGAACAGUGAUGCAGCUUGGGGUUUGAGUUGCAUCCGUUUUUGUGUCCAAGCUUUGUGUCUCUCAGACAGAAACAGAACAGUCAACUUUGUAGGCAGAGCAUCUCCCUUGCUCCAGGACUUCUAGAGCAGCAGAAAUCCCCCCACUCACUUUUGACAUCUGCUGCCAUCUUGCCAUCCAGAGGAUGUUAUCGAUCCAUAUAAAAUAAUCCCUGAUCUAUUGCUGAGGUCCUUUGUCAGUGCAUAUCCUUCCAGACUCCUCCUCCAUGCUUCACACCUAACAAGACUGACAUCUGAGGUCAUUCACAUUCUGCAUCUGUGGAGUGGGCAUCUUAGAACCAUCAACCCAUUGCAUGUGGAAAGAAUGUCAGUAAAUACUUGAAUCUGCAUGGCAGUUUGCUGGUUGUAUGCAAGAGCAAGGAAAAAAGCAAGUUACUUGUACAUACAGUAGGUUUCCUUAGGUCUUGUGGGCACAUCCUUUAUAAUUUAUAUGUAUAUCUGUUAUAGUGAAUAUUUGGAGAAAUGUUUGUAUAGAUAGUAUGUCACAUGUCAAAGGAAAUGCUUUCUGUCGCCCGCUAAUGUUGUAUUUGUGGGUAUUUAUAGUUGUAUGUAUGUGCAUAAAUGUGUAGAUUGUGUAUCAGUAUAUGGUAUAUGUAUGUUGAAAUUAUUUUUGUCAAUAACAACCAUUAUAAUAUAAAAAGAACGUUUAAAAACCUCAUAGGAAUGAUUAUAUAGUACAGUUGUUGAGAGCUCAUAUAGUGGUAUUGUUUUAUUAAACUUAAAUUCAAAUAAUAUUUUGAUUAAAUUUUUAAUAAGACUUUACAACAGAAGAUUCCAUCUUUAAGCUUUGAAUUACCAGGGCAAAAAUUACUUUGAAGUAAACUUGUGAAUCUAUUGAGGUGUACAGUGUGCAAUACAAUGAGAACUUAUUAUAAUUUGGGAACUCCAGAAGUGUGGGGAAAGCCAGCCUGGGCAGUCUUAGUAUCCUUAGUAUUAAGAGCACUUAAACAUAAAGUUGAGCUGAUAACUUUGGGCUUAUUACAAAAUGUGAUGCUUUUGAGCUCACGUUCUUUAUUGUUGUAAUUAGUCCAGAAAAAUACAUAGCUUUCCGAAGAACUACAUAAGUACCCAGUGUAUCUUUUAUGUACCAGUGUAUACUUUAGAGUAGAUCAAUCACUCUCCUGGUGCCACAUCCUUACCCCCUUUGUUAUAAAGGAAUAUUGCAGAUGAUACUGAAGUCUAUCAGGGCAUCCCAAGAUCGGGUACUGUAUUCCAGGUUCGCAAUUGCACAAUUAACAGCUAGUGUCACAGGUAAAAGGACUUUAGGAACAAGUUAAAACUUUAUUUAAUAUUUUUAUACUUCAGUCUCCUUUUCCUGACUCUCCCCAAAGAAGAGCCACUGGCCUUAGUUGUUUGAUGUUAUUGCUUAUAUUAUAGAGUGUAAAUAGUAACUAGAGACUACAGUUUUAUCAACCAGCAUGUUUGGUAUAUUUAAAGCAGUGACUGGGUGUGUUUGAGUGAGCGGUUGGCUGCAGUGUCUUUUGUUUGAACACACUGCCUCGUGUCUUCAUGUCUGAGUCGGAGAAUUGGAACUGCAGGGUCUGAGACCACCAGCUCCAGGCUGCAGACCCAUAUGGGCAGUUACACUUGAGUUUUGUUUUUAUUAACUCUUCAUUCUCGAACUAUUUUUACAAAUAUAUAUUUCUCAAUUUGUUCUUUACGUGUGGUGCGCUGGCUCUGUGGCUGAUGAGCAGGGAUUCUGUGAGAAUAUUUCCUGCUAAGGAUUACUUGUGAUUUGCAGAAAACACAGCCAUUUGAUUCAGAAAUCACACAGAAAAUGAGUAGUGGAAAUCAAGUAUAUUUUAGGCCAUAGUUACUUGAAAUGUUUGGAUUUUAAUAUAAAGCCAUGGAAGUUGUAAAGCCAAGUAACCAUUGACAUGGAUAAUAAUCUUCACUCUAGAGAGUAUAUAUCCAUAGUGAAUUUUUCUGUCAUUAGAAUACUUUUUUUAAGCUUUAGGAAUAAGAGUAAUUAGACCAAAUUGAAGUGGAAGGGUAAGCUGGCUGUUUUCCACUUGGGGUCGCCAUGUAUGUGUUAAAUCUUCUAAGAGAGUCACUGUUAACUGUUCUCUUGGGUGUUUAAGGAGAAAAUUGAUGUGCCAAGGAACUCAUCUGUGGAGAGAGAGAGAGAGAGAGAAAGAGAGAGAGAGAGAGAGAGAAGAGCACUUUAAGUUAUACAAAUGUAUGACCUAAAGACACGUGAGGGGCAGAGUAUUAUAAAGAAAUAGUGAACAGAAGUGGUGUAAACUGUAUCACAGAUGUGUCCCAAAAACCAGGGAAGACUGAUGGAGUCCUGCUGUUUGACUGAGUGGCAUCACAUUUUUGAGACAUGGGGCUGGGGACACAUGCCAUGUCUUUCCUGGUGGACCACCAACUUGAAGUCUUUCUUGUGACUCCCAGAUAGUGGCUCUCCAGCACCCCUCCCCCGCUAGCACUCUGCAGACCAUUUAUUUAAGAGGGCAGUUUAAAUGGAGAAGCCUUAUUACCUUCAGAGCCCCAAGUGUGGAUUGCCUGCCCUGGCUUCUCAGCUGUAGGUGAGAGAGCUUGCCCUGGAGUGUGCUAAACGGCUGAGCACUUAUCCUUAGGCCGGGGUCUUCAGGAUGAAUGUAGGCAGGAACCCUAAUAUAAUGUGCUUUUGCAGGGGAGAGUUCAGCUCUCACUAGCAGUAACAUAACAAUAAGCUCCUUGUCUUCAAUUCUGAAAGCACUGGUGGAUGGAGAAAACUUUGGAGGUUUGCUUUGUGUUUCCCCGUCAGUCUACAUAGCCUUUGAACACACCGGUUAAACCCCAGCCACGGGCUCCAUGAAGGAUCCCAUAGCAGGUCUGAGGCACUAUGCUGAGCCCUUACCAUGGGCAGUGGGGAGCAGGGUGAUCUCCCCACUCCGGAGCUUCUCCUUGGCCUUUUACUCUGCUCGGGCUUCUGCUCAACAGCAGGUAUAUCCUGGGUCCUGGACUAUUAGGAAUCCAGCCGUCCCAGUGGCUUGACCCUGUGCAGGCAAGAUAUCAACUCUGAGAGUGACUUGGUCGUGGAGGGCGGCACAGUGUAAAGGAUGCUCAGCUUGAAGCUAAGAUGGCAUUCUGUCUUUUUGAGAAACAGAUGGGCACAUUGAGUUCUGUUCACUGUCAGCUGAUAUCUUUCCCUUUGCUCUCAGAUUUCCGGAAAUGGAUACGAGUUCAUUUCUGUGGGAAGGGUCAAGAAACAUAAAAUUGCUCAACAGUGCUCUGUUCACGUGAAAGUUGUUGAGCAAAGGCCGACAUGCCUCCCUGCACUCUCUUCUACCUCAAGUGUUUGGAAUUCGCUUCUGGAAGAGACAUUAACACAAAGAAGAGCCCAUGUUGUCAGCCUUGGCUUGUGGGAUGCACUUAAGGGUGGCUGUUUCUAGCUUUGAAGAUAAGACAGGCACCGGGCUUUUGUGGCCUAUCCCUGGCUCUGUUCACUGUGGCUCCCACUGAUUGACAAUGCGUAACAUUCCUCUACCUUCAAAGUUUUCUCCACCAGUUGUUUCUGUGUCCCUGCAGAUUGCAAAAGUAAUUAGUGGCAAAAUCAUAGCCUCCCCUUUUCAGUGGCCAAAAAGUCAGCGUUAGCAGACCUGGGAAAGCUAGUGGUACCACACCGUGUACUGAGAACCUACCUGUUCCUUAUCACACACCAGACUCAGAAAUGCCACUUCCAGCUUGUGGCAUUCAUGGUGGUAGUCUUUUGAAUGGAACAGUAAUUUAUGUGGAUAUUGUUAAAGUGUUUAAAGAAUAUUUUGAAAAUUGAGUUUACAUUUUACAAUUGCUUUAUUUUUAUUGAAAUGACUGUAUAUAAAUAUUGCCCUAUGUCACUGUUAUUAAAGUAAACUUAGCCCUCCUAGACAGGCGGGUCAACUGUGUAGAAGCUGUGAUGUAGACAGUACAUUUCUCUCGUGUGUGAGGCCAUGAGGAGACCUGUCCCUGUGGUUUUAUAAGUUGAGGGUAUUUUGUUGUUUCAUAACAACAAGAUUUAUUGCAUUUGAAAUGAUUUUUAUGUCAUGGGAAUCAUGCCAACAGUGAAGGAUUACAAUAUGGUAUAUGUAAAUGUACAAACUUUAGAAAGAAAUAAAUACAACAAAUUUCA